UUAUAUGUAGUCUAGGCAUGAAUUCAAGAGUCGCCAAAACAACUGUCAUCAAUACCAGAUUCACAAAAAAAGAUCAAAAGAUCACAAAAUGUUUAAAAAAAUAACAAGAUAUGCAUAGUAUUUUUCAUCGUUUUGGUUUUGUACAUAAUUUUAAGCAAGCUUUUUUAAUUUAUGGCAGAUAUUACGUCAGACAUGGGUUUGGUCGAGUAUAUACAUCCUUAUCUAGCAGAAGCGGACUAUAAAAAGACAUCCGUUAAACUAACUUUCAUUUUUUCAUCAUUCAUUUUCUACUCACUUCUUUACAUUUUUUCUCACGUUUUUGGAAGUGGGACGCGUACUUAUAACAAUCUUACUAAAAAGGAAAAAGUCUUUUGGAAUUUAGCUGUCGUUCGUGCAAUAUAUGGGAUUUUCUGUACUGUCAUUGGGAUCUGGGCUAUAUUUGUGGACGAAGAGCUGGAGAAAGAUGUUGUUUUUGCUACAACUCCUACAAGUUAUUUUGCUCUGACAGUUACGGUAGGAUUUUUUAUUUUCGAAUGCUCUGCAAUAAUUAUUUCCGAUAUUAUAUACCGGAAGUUCAGUUUUCUGUUAAACCUUCACCAUUGGCUUUCUCUUGUUGGAUACAGUGUUUUGAUGAUCGUUGAAAGCAGUCACUGCUUCGGAACAAAGGGACUUAUAUUAGAAAUGAGCACGCCAUUUUCUGCUAUCUGCUGGACAGUUCUCAAAGUCGGAAAGGCAGACACUUUGUUAUGGAAAGCAAACCAGUUUCUAUUGGUUCAUACUUUCCAUUUGCGGUCGGUGGUUGAAUGCUUUCUGUGGUAUAUAACAUUUAAACACUGGGACCGAAUAUGGGAGGCCAUGCCACUAGCAUUGUUUAUUAUGCUUUAUAUUCAGCUGACGUUAGUCACAUUCGUCAUGACACCAUACUGGACAUACAAGAAAACGCAACAGAUGAUCGUACCUGUCGAUUGGAAUUUUGAAGAGUCAAACAAAACCCGGAUGACGAAUGGUGCCGUGGAAAAGAAAACGGCAUAAACUAAAUUUGUGAGUGAGAAAUACUCAGGGUGUUGAGACUGUAAACAAACAAUGUUGUUACCUUUUGUUUUUGUUUUAAUAAAUUGUUUCAAAUAAAAAAAACAUGCAUUCUCAUCAAAAGUUUACAAUUAUGACUUUCUUUUGUUUUAAAGAUACCAAGGAUUUGUAUACUAUACAAAUCCUUGAAGAUUUACAUUACAUUACAUGUAUGUUUCAUUAUAAUACGUUAUUUUGAUUGGCUAACAGCAAUCUCGCGUCAUUCUGAAAUUAACAUUCAUUUCAAAAUGAAAUAUAACAUUCAUCAUGACAUAAGCUUCCACAAUAAAGAGAACAGGUAAAUAAACGAAAAACUUGAUAGAAAUCGUGUUUUCAUGAUCAUAGCAAAAAAAAAAUGUAAUUAUAAGUAUUGAAUGCUUCUUUUAGUAAUUUUAUAGGGUUGUAAAAGCGUUGACCGCGCUUCAUACAAAAUGUACUUCAGUCAACGCUUUUACACCCCAAUAAAUUUACAAAAAGAAGCAUUCAAUUCUUAAUUAUUUAAUACCAAUAUUUAUAUGACUUGAACAUUAUGCCAGGGUGCAGUAACUAUAUCUUUGCCUAGCUCAGAAACGGUACGGCGAUGGCUCGACCGUUCAUUCUUCAUGUUUCAUUUCAAUCUGCAAAUAACAAUCAAUUGCGUUACCUCCGUAAUAAAAAAGCCAACGGAAGUUUAUUGUCUGAGAACAAAUUUACAGAAAACUUAACCUUUAGAAAAUAUAGAAGGAGAUGUGGAUGAUACUUCAAUGAAAUAACAACCUAGAGACAAAAACCUUAGAAAAAAAAACAUUUAGAGGUUUUCAUACAAUCUUCAACAAGUGUCCAUACAAAAUGGCAGGCUCUCAAUCGACCACCGUCUAAAAAACUAACGAAUAAUUGACAAGAGACUAUUAAAGGUCUGUCAUGAGCACCUAUUGAAUUACAUAAUAGAUUAGUUAUUGAAAACUGGUCAUUAUCGUGAUAUAUGGACUUCCCACAUGACAGUGGUAUUGACUAAGACAGCGAUAAUGAUCGAGCCGAAGGCGAGGUCAUUAUCGCUGUCGCAGUCAAUAACACUGUCCUACGGGCAGUCCAUGUAUCACGAUAAUGACCAGUUCUUUAAUAACUAUUGUUUAUUUCAUUGAGGAACCAUGUUUUUAAAACAUUCUCAUAAAUUCAAAUUGUUCAAAGCAAACUCGAGUUAUUGUACGAUUUCUAUAGGAAAGAGUUAAGACCAGUCAUAGUGAUAACUAUAAGUCACUGCCAUUCAUUUAAGUGAAUUUUUCAGUAUAUGAAUACAAAAAUAAAGUUUUCUAUCAUUUUAUAAUUAACCAGAGAAACCACGCCCCACUGGUCAUUAAUAUGUUAAAGUCCGUUAACGACCGGUUUAUGGUCCGUUUUUAUCUGUUAAAGACCGAUGGAAUUUAUUACUGAAGAAUAAAGAAUGUCAUGCGGCCCCUUUUUAUCCAAUAAGAGAAGCCAAUUCUUAACCGAUAUGAAAUAAUCAUAAUUAAAUGUAUCUAAACCUAACAUGACUGGGAAAUUUAAAAGAAUUAUUUCAUGGAGACAAAAUAUCUAUUUUUCAUUUUCUCCUAAGAUAUCCUGAAAGUAGCAAAUGACUAAAUCUAAUGUUGCCAAGGAUGUAUUUUAUAUGCAAUUCAGUGGUAAGACAAUGACAGUUUAUUCAUUUAUAGGAAUUGAAUACUUUGUGAUAUUAUUCGCUUCAUGUAAACUGUGACAAAUUGUCGGACAAGUGAUACAUUGUAUUGUACUGUGCAAUAAAAUAAAUUUUUUACUUUUA